UCUCGCCCUCCCAUCUCAUUCAUCAUUACAACCAAAACAAUAUUCCCAAACGCCCAUUUACCAACGCAAACCCAGCAAAUCAAGCCUCACAUCGUCUUCUGACGCAUACAAUACAACUUUUUGAAACUUUUUCCACCCCAAACCUACAUUCAAAAUGACUGGAGGCGGCAAGUCCGGCGGCAAGGCCAGCGGUUCCAAGAACGCGCAAUCCCGUUCGUCCAAGGCUGGUCUCGCUUUCCCCGUCGGUCGUGUCCACCGUCUGCUCCGCAAGGGUAACUACGCCCAGCGUGUCGGUGCCGGUGCUCCCGUCUAUCUGGCUGCCGUCCUCGAGUACCUCGCUGCUGAGAUUCUCGAGUUGGCUGGCAACGCCGCCCGCGACAAUAAGAAGACCCGUAUCAUCCCCCGUCAUCUGCAACUUGCCAUCAGGAACGAUGAGGAGUUGAACAAGCUUUUGGGUCAUGUUACCAUCGCCCAAGGUGGUGUCCUGCCCAACAUUCACCAGAACCUGCUGCCCAAGAAGACCGGAAAGACUGCUGGUGGCAAGAACGCCAGCCAAGAGAUGUAAAGCGUGUCUGGCUUUUUGUUUUUCGGUUCUUUGUUUGGGUGUCAUGACAUUGGGGUCACGGAUUCUCGGGUUUUAUGGGUUGCGUUCUUUUUACUGCGUUUUGGGUUGUACAUUAAUUCCCCACGGCAAAUGGUCAUGAUUGAGAGCACUUUCUGAACAAUAUCCACAGUCGCCGUUUGGCAUUUUACUUUAAUUUUCUGGUUCCAUUCAUUCGUGACUUUCUUGGAAUAUGGUGAUCUGAUGUGUUUUUUUUUUCGUCUUCGUGUCCUGUUAGCUCGGUGCUUGGUGCCUGGCUGGUCGAUGCAUCCGUCCUCCGCUAUGUGUGUUUUUGUGGGCUUCAUCAAUGGCUAGGUUCAAAGGACAAUCAUGUAAGUAUUCUGCGCGACUCUGGACGGCCGUGGUAUCAAACAUGAACGUCACAACCGAAAACGCAUAUUCACAACGUCCCACAGAAGCUGACGUAGUAGGAUCUUGACUUCUAUUUGAUCACCGAGGCCUAUUUACACAUUUCCAUGUUUGCAACCC